GGGUGAAGCCGUAUGCUUGUUCCAUGUGUGACAUGAGGUUUAUUCAGCGUAACCACCUGGAGAGACACAGCCUCACUCAUACGGGAGAGAAGCCAUUUGCAUGUGACAUGUGUGAUAUGAGGUUUAUUCAGCGCUACCACCUGGAGAGACACAAGCGUGUCCACAGUGGGGAGAAGCCUUACCAGUGUGAAAGGUGCCAGCAGAAUUUUUCACGCACAGACCGGCUGCUGCGACAUCGGCGGUUGUGCCAGGGUCGCAGCGUACCCAAAGUAGAGAACCAGCCGUGCUGCGAACCACGCCCGUACCCCCAGGAGCCUCCACCCGCACCCCCAACCUGGAGCCCCCUGCACCCUCCCCCGGGGCGUCUGGCUGUCUGACAUUCCGCCUUGCCCGCGUCCACAGCUCCAUCGGAAACGGGCCGAGCCACACAGGGUUUCCUCCUCCCACCUCUGUGCUGGGUGGUGCCACAUUCUAGCACAGACUGAUCUCACAGCUCCGGUCUUUGGAUCGAUGACGACAGUGGGACGUUUUGUUUUUAGUUUACUUUUUACUGUGGUCCCUCCCCCCCUCCCCUCCCCCGUUUCUUUCUUAUUUUUUAAAGCUGAGACAUUUCUGUGAUGAACAGUGGUCCUGUUUUGUACUAAAUCUUUCGUUUUUCCUUUUUCAGAAAAAAAAAAGGUUUUUACUGUUAACAAAAAUCAGUUGGUGGUACUUGGGGGUGGGGGGUGGGGGGGGGGUAUUAAACUGGCUAUUGUUUGUCCUUACAUAUUUGUGAACAAUUGGUGAAGAAAAGUAUUUGAGCUGCUUCAGAUCUUUUUUUUUAAACGGCCCAUUUUGUCUUUAAAGAAUUGUCACUCAGGUUAAAAUGAUUAAAACUGAACUUUCGCUCCAAGUGCAGAAACUCUUCGUGUGUGUCUCAUGGACCAGAGUUUUGCUGCUCAUUAGGAACAUUGAACUGAAAAGGUUGAGGCUAAAUUAGCUGAUGCGUCAGUUUUGAUUAUAUCUCCAGGAGGGCCAGUGUCCAGUUUUAAUGAUUGUGUAAAUAAUUAAACUAUGAGACUUGAGUGGGUCUUUCAUGCACAAAAUGGGCCAAAAGUAUACUUUAAAAUGGACUUUGGUUCAAAUACAGCUCGUUGUCACUGUUGCAGUUGAGACUUGAAAGAACUUGAGGAACUGUGUGAUUCAACAACAACAAAAAAAGUGUGUAAAUCAGAACUUCCUGGACAGUGGAUGGCCUUCCUGUAUUUACCUGUAUGUACCAGGUGUGGAGGUGUGUGUCACAGCAGCUCUUCGAUUGUUUCUUUCCAAAAAAAAGAAAAAGAAAAAAAAAAGCUGGGGUUUGUGCUACUGUCCAUCCUGCUGUGUAUGAAUACAGAUUUCCAGUGCUGUCGCAGAAAAAAAAAGUCACUCCUGGUGUUACCAUAAAUAAGUUCCUGAUGUAAAUGGAUGCAGGUUGGCCACUUGCAGUCCUACUGUUUUUUUUUUUUUUUUUUGUACAGAUUGUCACAUUGUAAGAUAACAGUAUACAAAAUCUUGUGGCCUUAGUAUGUUUUUUUUUUUUUUUUUUGGUCAUUUUCAGCUAUUUUAUUAUUGUGAAUCAGAUUUAUUUACAAGCCUUUCAUCAACAUAUUUUUUUUAUUUCAUAGUUAUUGAAUGUUGAUGGCUUCAGUGGCGCUCAGACUGCUUCUUUUAAGAAGUUAGGUUAUCUGAUGAACAUAAAUCUUUCCGUCAUCAUUACUGUUAACAUUGUAACGAUAUAUAAUCUUACAGACGUCAGCGGUGGCACUUUGGUCAGUCUUUUCGAGGAGUCAGUAGUGCUUUGGCCCCAGCAGAGUCACCACUCGAGCUGUAAUGAUGGCCUUUUCAUCCAGAUGUUUCUGUGGUCGGUGUGUAAAACUGGAUCUCUCUCUCAUCGGUGGGUUUGGCCUUAAGUUAGCAGAGGGAGUUUAACGAAGGGUUUGUUUUACCUGUGAUGAACUGACGGGUUUAUAGGAGUUGCAUUGCUUCUUGUUGAAUUUCUCAAACUUUGACCCCUUUCCUGUUACAAAUGAGUUUGUUUAUUAGAAUUGAGGAGUCGGUGCUUAAUUGGAAGCUUAAGCUACAGCCAACUGGAAAUGUAUCAUAAGUUUAUUUGUAAUUUUUUGCUGCUCUCUAAAGUCUGUUACUAAAUUUGGAGCUUCACACUUUUAUUUUUUUUGUUUGUUCUGAAUUAAACUAUGGGGGAAGUAGAAUAAUGAUUUAAAAUGAAGUUUUACAAGAUGUACAGGAGGGUUUUUGUAAAAAUGAUGUAAAGAUAAGUGACUUGAUAGCAGUUCAAACUUGGCAACAAAAAGGGUCAGGUUAAAGAAAUGCAAUAAUUAGCUUUGGAAACACUAAUCCCAGUCUGUGGAGGGGACGCCGCUGGUGUGUGUGUGCACAUACAGGAGGGAAGCAAAAGGGCAAUACAGUUUGUAGUUCUUGUCACUUAAAACCUGUCAUMUAUAAUUUUUGUAGUAUUAUCAUUCUUAUUGUUAAAAUGCAAUAGAAAUGUUGAUUGUGUAUUAUAUAAGACUGAGUUUUAUUUUGUGCCCAGGCAGAUGGAAGGACUUAUCUGUCUCAUCAUGUUUUAUUGAUCAUUUCAUGGACCUUUUUUUUUUUUAAUUAUUACAAAAUUGUACACUGGAGUGAAUGGAAAAAGACAAAAAAAAAAAACGAUUUGGAUUUUUUUUUUCAUUAAUCUGUGCUAGAUUUUAGGUUUCUAGACAAAGCCUUUUUUUUCUGCCCAUCUUGACCCAGAAGGUGAACAGAACAAUUUUGGAUCAGUACAGUUGAAAGCCCACUAUGUUCUGUCAUUUUGACAUUUUAGGACUAGAACCACAGGAAAAUGUUUUGCUUUUCUUAUACAAAGUCCCUGGUAUUUGUAGUAAAUUAUAUUGAUAAUGGUAUUAGAUGAACAACAGCAUAACAGUAGCUAUCACGGAUUAGUUGUUUUCUUUAUUAGUCUUGCAUGCAGAGUUAUGGUCCUCAGUUAAGACAGGAUCUUGAUAUUGAUUAUUUUGUGUAGAAAAGAGUGCAUAAAGAAUAACUUCCUAAAAACAAUGUUACAAUGAUUAUUGUAAAAUGGGCUUACUAAUAUGUACCCUUGUGAUCCAAUUAGUUUCAACUGUAUGAAAAUCAGAGGAAAGGCUUCUUACUAUUAUGCUAAAAUAAAGAAUUUGUAAAGGA